AGACAAUAAUUCUUUAAAUUUGCACACACAUACAAUCUAUGUGCCAAAAUCUAGAUUUAGAAUAUAAAAAUGUAUUAAGAAAAGAAAAGAAUAGGCGAGUAAAUUGUGCGUUUUGAAAAAAUUCUUUUAAAAAAUCAUGAAUAAUUCCAUUAAUUAACUUUAGUAUAUAUUGAGCGUUCGAUUGAUAAUGUUGGAUAAUUAUAUAGAGACUAAAAUAUAAAAAGAAAUCUGAAAAUUAAAUCAAAAAAAUUUGCACUAAUGGACUAAUGGAGUUAAAGAUUAGUGAAAAAUAAAAUACGUGUACAAAGAAGAAUAAAAAAAGAAAAAACAAAAAAAAAUUAAAAAAUCUUUUAUUAGAAAUCUUUUGAAUAUACUAAAAGAUUUAAUAUUAAAAAAUUAAAUUAAGUUUUUAAUUCAAUUUAUAUCCAAAUUUUAAUAAGUGAUAUUUAAUAUUAAGAGAAUUAAAGAAUAAAAAUUAUUAAAUAAAAAUGUCAAGUAAAGAAAGCCCUAGUAGAGAAUCCACAUCAAGUGGUGCAAGACUUAGUUUAAUCGCACUUGAUGAAUCUUUAUCAAGAGAUUAUAGUGUGGGUAGUUUAAAUUCUGCUGUUAGUCAAGAGGAAUUUUUUAGAAAUCACGACCAUGCUGAAAAUAUAUUGAAAAGUAUGCAAAAUUAUUUAUAUAAUGAACAAUUAUGUGAUGUCGUUUUAAUAGCUGGAAUUGAUGGUAAAAGAGUUCCAGCACAUAGAUUAGUUUUGUCUGCAUCUAGUGCUUACUUUGCAGCAAUGUUUACUGGGUCACUGAGAGAAACUACAGAAGAAGAAGUAACAUUAGGUGAAGUAAACGGUGAUGCUCUACAAAUUUUAAUUCAAUAUUGCUAUACAGGUUUAAUAGAAUUACGUGAAGACACUGUCGAAACACUUUUGGCUACAGCCUGCCUUUUACAAUUGAAUUCGGUAGUGACAGCAUGUUGUAAUUUUUUGGCACGUCAAUUACAUCCUUCAAAUUGUUUAGGAUUUGCUUUCUUUGCCGAACAACAAAGCUGUCAUACAUUAUUAAAAUUAGCAAGUGCAUAUACAUGUACACAUUUUAUGCAAGUUUGUAAAAAUCAAGAAUUCUUCCAAUUGAAUGCUGAACAAUUAGCGAAAUUAUUAUCAAGUGAAGAUCUCAAUGUACCUUCCGAACAGGAUGUAUUUCAUGCCUUAAUGUCUUGGAUUAAACAUGAUCCAACUAAUCGAGAAAAAUGUUUUCCUGAUUUAUUAGCUUUAAUAAGACUGCCACAUAUGCCACCAUCGUUCAUAGCUGACCAUGUAGAGAGUCUUUGUGGUUCAAUUGACUGCCAACAGUUAGUUAUGGAAGCUUUGAAAUGGCAUUUAUUACCUGAACGUAGAUCGCUAAUAUCCACUGCCCGAACAAGACCAAGAAAAUCAACUGUUGGUAAAGUUUUAGCUGUUGGGGGAAUGGAUGCCCACAAGGGUGCAAUCAGUAUAGAAUCUUAUUGUCCCAGAUUAGAUAAAUGGAGUUUAUUGAGGAAUUUAGCAGCAAGAAGACUUCAAUUUGGUGUAGCUGUCAUAGAUGAUAAAUUAAUUAUUGUUGGUGGAAGAGAUGGUUUGAAAACUUUGAAUACUGUUGAAAGUUUGGACUUAAAUACAAUGAUAUGGGCUCCAUUGAAUUCAAUGGGUACUCAUAGACAUGGUUUAGGAGUUGCUGUUCUAGCGGGUCCAUUAUAUGCUAUAGGUGGCCAUGAUGGUUGGAGUUAUUUAAAUACUGUAGAAAGAUGGGAUCCAAUAGCACGUACUUGGAAUUAUGUUGCACCAAUGAGCUCAAUGCGUUCAACAGCUGGUGUAGCUGUACUUAAUGAAAGACUGUAUGUUGUGGGUGGUAGAGACGGUUCCGUAUGUCACAGAUCUGUGGAAUGCUACGAUCCACACACAAAUAAGUGGACUCUCAAGGCACCUAUGAACAAAAGAAGAGGUGGUGUUGGGGUUGCUGUUGCAAAUGGAUAUCUAUACGCUUUAGGGGGACAUGAUUGUCCAGCAAGUAAUCCAUCUGUAUGCAGAACAGAGACUGUAGAACGUUAUGAUCCAUCUACAGACUCUUGGACACUUAUUGCUUCAUUAAGUAUUGGACGAGAUGCAAUUGGAUGUACAUUAUUGGGAGAUCGUUUAUUGGCUGUUGGUGGUUAUGAUGGUAAUCAGUAUCUUAAAACAGUUGAAGAAUAUGAUCCAGAAACAAACGAAUGGACCUCAUUGUCACAAUUAAAUUAUAGUCGAGCUGGUGCUUGCGUUGUAACAAUACCAAAUGUUAUACCACCGACACCACCAUUAACUAGUUCAACGAAAUGGAGGCCCGUGCGGAUUAAUCCAUAUUCAUUUAGACGUAAUGGAGAUAUUAUUAGUAACUACAAUUUAUGAUCAAUGAAUUUUAAAUACGUAUAAUUUUAUGAACACAAAAUUUUUCUAUUUAAAUGUAAAAUUUGAAUUUUUUUAUUUUUUUUUUUAUAUACAACUUAGAGUGAAUUCAAUACGAAACAUGAAAUACAUUUACAGUCAUUUGGAUUGCAUUUAUUUGGAAAGUGAAUAAAACAAAUUUGUAUUGAUCGAAA